AUCAACCCCCCAAUCAGCCUCGCGGGUUUUGCCUCUCUCACCCAACCCAACCAACCACAUUCGCCGGGUGGUGCUCAUGACUCUUCUGCGUGGGCUGCGCGCGGUAUCUGUCGAGGUCAGCCUGUAUCCCCUCACUCACCCACCCACUCAUCCCCACGACUCUGACAAUGGCCGCUGCUGACGAUCAAGCUGCUACGGGCGCAAGGGCCGCAGACAUGAACAUGAUCAAGCCUCCAAUAGUGCGGUCGGCCGGGCGGCUGAACAAGGCCCUGUUUGACAAGACUUUCAACAUCGCCGCCGCGGCCGUGAAGGAGCCCAAAAAGAUCGGGCCGUACCAGAAGGCCCUGGAGAAGAGCAAGGAUCUUCUUCGUGUGUCGAGACUCUCUUCUAUCUUUCCGCAUCCGGACCCUUCACUGGCCGCAGCAGGGAGGAAGUGCAUUCUCCUGAGGCCGGGCAUUAGUGCGACUGCACCCGAGACCUGGGGCGAGGUCUUGAAGGAGGGUGUCGAGAAGGACGAUCUGAACGUGGUGUCCUAUGAACUCAAGAUCGGCUACGAUUUCUGGAAUUCCCAUGAAAUCCUCAGUUCGAUACUCCCUGAGGAAUAUGCGGAGGAUAUCCCAACAUCCUACAAUUGUGUAGGCCACGUUGCCCACCUGAAUCUACGCAAGGACUUCGAGCCGUACAAGCACAUUAUCGGACAGGUGAUUGGUGAAAAGAACAACCACAUUCGUACCGUCAUCAACAAGAUCUCCAACGUGGGCACCGAGUCUGAGUUCAGGACCUUCAACUACGAGGUCCUGUUCGGGCCAGACGAUCUAAACGUCGAGGUGAAAGAGGCCGGAUGCACGUAUAAAUUCGAUUACAGCAAGGUUUACUGGAACAGCAAGCUCGACCAGGAACACAAGCGCAUCUUUGAACUCGUCCAGCCGGGCGAGGUGCUCUGCGAUGCAUUCGCCGGCAUUGGUCCCUUUGCCAUCCCGGCGGGCAAAAGGGGUGUUUUCGUCUGGGCAAACGACAAGAACCCGGAAAGCUAUCGCGUCAUGGAGCGGGCCGCCAAGCAAAACAAGGCGCAUCAAUACGUGCGGCCGUUCAACCGGGACGCCAAAGACUUCAUCAGAUUCGCGGCGGACGAUGUAAUGAGAGCGUCUUCGCAGGGCGAGUGUGUAACGGUGACCCUACCAGGACCCAAAUUCCGCCGCAGUGAGCGUGCGACGGCACCGAAACCGCAGACGAAGCGCGUCCCCUUACCGCCGACGAUAUCGCACUACGUCAUGAACCUCCCAGCCCUAGCAAUCACGUUCCUUGGUAGCUUCAGGGGGCUUUACGCAGGGCACGAGGCACUCUUCUCGCCUCGGACAAAGACGGAGCUGCCAAUGAUACACGUGCACUGCUUUGAUUACAUGUGCCACAAGGAUGACGACAUGGCCAAAGUCCGGGAGUCGGUCUCCAAGAGGGUCUCGGAGGAACUGGGAUUCGAGGUGAGGCCCGGGGAUGCUAGCAAUGCCGGCGAGGUUUCUGUCCGGGACGUCAGGGCUGUUGCGCCAAACAAAACCAUGUACUGCGCGAGCUUCCGUCUUCCGCCCGAGGUCGCCUUUGCCCCGAGAGGGUAGAGAGAUAGGCAACGGGCGGCCCCAAACACAGCUAUCUCGAAACAAUGAGCGCCGAGCAAAGGCCCCACAAGGCUACUCGGUGAUGUGUGCUGUGUCCCAAGUCCUGCCGGCAGCCGCGAGCCAGCCCUGCCCGUCAACGCAGCGCUCUCGGCUGUGUUUCCAUGCCGUGCUUCAUGGUGGCGUUGAUGACAGCGACCAUUGCCCCCGCGCGCGCGCCGUCAAAUGCGGGUUUUGGUCCACUACCCUGUUUAAAGAUAGGCCCUCAUGGCGCGUUCCCUAAGAGGGGGUUUCACGGCGGCGCCUGGAAAGAUGCAGUGUCCCCAAACACAGUUAUCUAUCAGAGCCCCAGGCGAUGCGAGUCCCCGCCUGCACGCAGUCCUGCACGGGGGGAGGAUUUUGAAUGAACAAGCCGUUCUGGCACAGCGGUCCCAGAGAGCCCUUCUCCGGUCCAUGCAGGUUUUCUCUUGUUGGAGGGCCGGGGUCAAGGGGACAAAAAGCCGGCGGGCUACCGAUAGAGAGAGGGGGUGAACCGUGACGCAAUAUCAACGUGUUUCCCCCGGCAGGCCCAGACCGGCCGCCCUGCGCGCUGCGGUUGCUAUUUUAUGCAGGACCCCCUCCUCUUUGGAAAUUGGGAUCUGAUAAUGGUUUCCGGCCGGUAGAGAGGGCAGUCGAGGUUGAGCCAGUCAACUUUCAAAGAGGGGAAACGAGACCAAAAGGGGGUUUGAUGAACGAAUGAGCUUGCCUUGGUCGCGCAUUACGCAAGACGACGCAACAACGGUUGACCGCACCCACCCGGGCGCCCAAAACCGGCCGCCAUCCACGGAUGCGUGCGCGCGAUGGCAGGGGGAGGGGGAGGGCCAGACCCCCGCCUUUGUAUAUCCAAUUCCCGGGCGUUCUGUCUUGGUGGUGGGUGUGGUGGGAUUCAUGUUUCUGUUUUAUUCGCCUUGGCGCGUCGGCCGCCGAGAUGAUUGCGCGGAUCUGCAGGAGAGAGGGAGGAGGAGGGGCUGGGUUCGGGAUUCUUGACUGAAACGGGGAAGCUCCCGCCCCUGCCUGCCUCAUGGAAUGGCAUACGUACAUGAUGGGAACGUACUUCUGGAUCAGCUUCGGGGUUUAGGUCGUCGAGACCAAGGCCUCUGUACAAGAGGUGGUACUCAUGCCGUAUGGGCUGCAUACGUGAUAUGUGAGAAGAUAGGUAGAUGGGCAUGUAUGUAGCAUGGGACGCCAAGCCGUAUACGGCAUAUAUUGGGCUAGCCCCGGCUGCAGUUACUACUGUGCCCACACCCGCCAAGGACCGCUUGGCGCAAAGGCGACCGGUGAAGCGGUGGCUUGCAGGGCAACGCGCCGCCCUCCCCUUCUCGAACUGGGUGGCAAAGGACACGAGAUGCAACGAGAUGGUUAUGCAUGCAGGUCGAAACAACCACGUCGUCCAACCAGACCAAGUUCCUGGCCGACGGCUUGCGGCAUCGUGGAAGGAAGGCUUGCCGAGGAUGGUGGGUGGGUGGUGGGUGUGCAUAGAAGAAGGUGUUUGUGUGUGUAUCUAGGUAGGUAGGUAGGCAUAUCAAAACUGCAGGGAGUCGGAGGUGUACAU